GUCACCAGCCGCUGGGGAGAUUAACACAGUGAUAUGGCGAAGGUUUAACGGACACAGCCAAGGUUUAACGACACAGACAUGGUUUAACUACGAAGCCAAGGUGAGACGGACACAGCGAAGGUUAAACCACACAGCCAAGGUGUGACACAGUCACGGUGUGACGGAUACAAUCAAGGUGUGACGGAAACAAUCAAGGUGUUACGGAUACAAUCAAGGUCUUACGGAUACAAUCAAGGUGUGACAGAGACAAUCAAGGUGUUACGGAUACAAUCAAGGUCUUACGGAUACAAUCAAGGUGUGACAGAGACAAUCAAGGUGUGACGGACACAAUCAAGGUGUGACGGAUAUAGUCAAGGUGUGACGGAUAUAGUCAAGGUGUGACGGAUAUAGUCAAGGUGUGACGGACACAAUCAAGGUGUGACGGAUAAAGUCAAGGUGUGACGGAUAUAGUCAAGGUGUGACGGAUGAAGUCAAGAUGUGACGGAUGAAGUCAAGAUGUGACGGAUGAAGUCAAGGUGUGACGGACACAGCCAAGGUGUGAUUCACCAUACAGUCAGCUUAGCGAGGGAUAAUCCGGAUAAAGACCUAUAUGCCACCAUCAUCAAUCGGGGUUGCAGAUGGAGACGAAUCCGAAAUGAUGCCUUUUCAUCAUCAGGUACCCAUAUGACGUCUCGGUGACACACUGACGCGGAAGCCUGGUAAGAAGACGCGUGAUUGGCCGAGAUCGUCAGAUGACAGACCCGGACAAUGCUGGGACGGUUUUGGAAGUACGGUGCGGGGGGCCUUGCGGUGUACCUGGUAAUGGUAUACAGCUACCUUGCCUACCGACACAUGUUUCCUGUAACUCCUGUUACCAUGACAGCCGCUGUAGAAGGAUUGAGAGCUCCAACAACGCAAGUUGCAGCGUCAAGGUCGUCUCGAGGGACGGGAGCUUUUAGUUUUCGUAAUACGAGAAAAACUUUUCAAAAGAAAACGAAAACUCAAACCAAAAAGACUUCCCAAGACAAGAAGAUUAUUCAAAACGAAAAGACACCUCGAGGCAAGAAGACUAUUCAAAACGAAAAGGCUCAACAAGUCAAAAAGACUAUUCAAAAUAGAUCGACUACUCAAAACAAAGCCAAGAUUCGCACGGCUAGUGAUGCUACUGGUAUAAAUACACCAGGUAGUGCAGCACCCACGACAAGUGCACAUAUCCUUUCGUCAACCAUGAAGCAAACGCGGAAAUUGAAAGAAAUGCCCGUUCUAACGCCUGUAUUUAAAGGUCGCCUUGGCAACCAAUUAUUUGAAUAUGCCGCAUCGUUCGCUAUUGCCAAAAUGAAGAACAUGUCGUUGUUUAUUCCUGAGGGCAACGUCAUCAACAAAUUAUUCCACGUAGAUACAACGGUUGUGACAUUUCACGGGUGCAGUAGCUGGCGACGUGUGCUGGUUGAAUGUUGUGGCUACAAUUCCAAUCUCAUCGCUAAAAUAAACAAAAGUGAAUGUCAAGCGAUCGGACUCUAUCUCCAGUCAUGGAAGUAUUUCAAACCGGUCGAAGCAAGCAUACGGCAACAGCUGACAUUCAAACGAAACAUAGCCCUUGUUGCUAACAGGAAACUGCUAUCACUCACACAGGAGUUCCUGAAGAGACAGUCUGGCUGGCCGACAGGCAAGGACGGUGACCAGGGCAACUGGACUUCCACACACGUGGGCAUACCCACCACGCCAACAGGUGGAGACACCAAUUCCUCUCUGCUACAUCCGAGAAACGCUGAUCACCCCAAGAAAACACAGAAGAAACACGUUCUUGAGGCCGGUGCUGAUGACGUAGUUUCAAAUCUGACCUACAUUGGGAUUCAUGUCAGACGUGGGGACUACAUGUCACCACAAAGUAGACGCCAGGGACGUAUCACUCCUCCGGCGAAAUACUACAUCCAUGCAAUGAGGUAUUUCCGAGCUAUAUUCCCCAACACGUUGUUUGUUGUUUUGGGGGAUGACGGAAGUUGGGUGAAUCGUAAUAUCGGCGCACCGGAUGUUGUUGUAGUGCAGAGGGACUCGGAGGCAGUGGAUCUCUGCGUAUUGAGCAUGUGUAACCAUACUAUAUUAAGUGUCGGGUCUUUUGGUUGGUGGGCUGGGUUUCUGGCAGGGGGGACAACCGUGUAUUAUAAACAUCCGUACCGAAACAACACGGAUAUGUCCAGAUGGUAUAGCAACUUCCACAGCGACUAUGUACUUCCGGACUGGGUACCCAUGGACUAAACAACAUUCAUGCAGUAUGUGUUCACGUGAGAGUGGUCUGAUCAGUGACAUACAAGCGACACGUGACAGAACAUAACGCGGAACUAAAACAUAUAUGCAAGGCUGUUAUAGUUUAGGAAGAACAUUUGCUUUCAGUUACGUCAAUCUCGUAACAUACUUCAAGGAGAUUUCUUCUAUUUGUGUCGUUUGUCAUUAACGUUCGCUGUCAAUUUGCCUGACAACCUGAAAUAUAUAUAUUAAAAAAGUCCACGUAGGAUGUUUCGCAUUUUGCCCUUUGGGCAUUAGAAAACCAGGAAGUGGGGAUUGUGGCUAGAUUUUAUUGACGCUUCUUUCGGCUAUUUCGUUCAUCAGCAAGCUAAUGAGCGAAAUAGCUGAAAGAAGAGUCAGUAAAAUCUAGCAACAACCCCCACUUCCUGGUUUUCCAAUGCACAAAGAGCAAUGCGCUUGACUUUUUGA